CGCCAGUUGACUUGACAUUUUGUGAAGAGCAGCAAUCGUAGGUGAAUGUUGUGAAAUAUUUUUAUUUGGAGUUGGAUUUUGUGUUUCUCCCGUUGUUAAUAGUGAUUUUAGUCGAAUUGGAGUAUUUGUGGUAAUGGCAAUGUGAAGAAAGCCGACUAAGGAAUCCGGAGCUCGGGCCCUACGGGUGCGAAAGGUCGCAGUAAAGAUGGCAGAUCCUGAUCCUGAGACGUUGCUGGAAUGGCUAAACAGCGGUUUGGGCGACGAGCGAGACAUGCAGCUCAUCGCUUUGGAACAACUAUGCAUGUUACUACUCAUGUCUGAUAAUGUAGACCGCUGUUUUGAAAGUUGCCCUCCUCGGACGUUUCUCCCAGCUCUUUGUCGUAUUUUCCUCGACGAGCAAGCCCCCGAAAACGUCCUCGAAGUAACAGCACGAGCCAUCACCUACUAUUUGGACGUUUCGGCCGAAUGUACUCGUCGUAUUGUCGCUAUUGAGGGUGCCGUCCGUGCCAUAUGUAAUCGUCUUGUCGUUGCUGAAUUAUCAUCAAGAACAAGCAAAGAUCUAGCCGAACAAUGUGUCAAAGUAUUGGAGCUUAUUUGCACACGUGAAGCCGGUGCUGUGUUUGAUGCAGGAGGUCUCAGUGCUAUACUUCCUUUUAUUCGAGAUAAUGGAAAUCGAGUACAUAAAGAUACGCUACAUUCGGCUAUGGCGGUGGUAUCGAGAUUGUGCACCAAAAUGGAACCGGCCGAUGUGCAAUUACCGACAUGUGUGCAAGCUUUGAGCACGCUUUUGAGACACGAGGAUUCGCAUGUGGCCGAUGGAGCGUUGAGGUGUUUUGCUUCGGUGGCCGAUAGGUUUACGAGGAGGGGGGUUGAUCCUGCACCCUUGGCUCAACAUGGUUUAGUGAAUGAGCUUUUGAGUCGUUUAUCGAACGCUGCUGGUCCGUCAGUGGCGACAGGUACUCAAAAUACAUCGGGGAAAGCCUCAUCAACAACGAACGCCACUGCCGCUGUCCCAGACGCCAAAGCAACAGCAGCUUCAGUUUCAACAAUAAUUAGUUUAUUGUCUACAUUGUGUCGAGGAUCACCUGCUAUAACACACGAUUUGCUACGUUCCGAGUUACCUGACGCUAUAGAAAAAUCUCUGAAAGGCGACGAACGUUGUGCUUUAGAUUCAAUGCGUCUUGUGGAUUUACUUCUAGUUUUAUUAUUUGAAGGACGUCGAGCUUUGGGUAAAUCUGGUGGUGCUACAACUUCAGGUCAACUCUUACCAAGAAUGAGACGAAUGGAUCCGGCGGCUGAAAAAUCCCACCGACAACUUAUCGAUUGUAUUCGCUCGAAAGACACUGACGCACUUAUUGAGGCUAUUGAAUCGGGGGGAGUUGAGGUGAAUUUCAUGGACGAUGUGGGUCAGACGUUGUUGAAUUGGGCAUCGGCGUUUGGAACACAAGAAAUGGUCGAGUAUUUGUGUGAUCGAGGUGCUGAUGUAAAUAAAGGACAAAGAAGUUCAUCGUUGCAUUAUGCGGCAUGUUUUGGUCGUCCUGCAAUAGCAAAAGUAUUGUUACGUCAUGGUGCAAAUCCCGAUUUGCGUGACGAAGACGGUAAAACGCCGUUGGAUAAAGCAAGAGAACGAGCCGAUGAAGGUCAUCGUGAAGUUGCAGCGAUUUUACAAUCGCCCGGUGAAUGGAUGAUUCCGAUUGAUAAAGAUCGAAAUCGAAAAUCUGAAUCGGACAAUGAGGAUAAUAUCGAACCGCGUGGUGAUCCCGAAAUGGCACCGAUUUAUUUAAAAAGACUUUUACCGGUGUUUUGUACGACGUUUCAAUCGACAAUGUUAGCGUCCGUUCGUAAAGCUAGUUUAGGAUUAAUUAAAAAAAUGAUACACUACAUUCUACCUAGUUUAUUGGAGGAGCUUUGCAACAAUGAAUCUAGUCCGAAUUUUGGAACGCAAUUAGUUGAAGUUAUUGCAACUGUGUUGGAUAAUGAGGAUGACGAAGACGGCCACUUGAUCGUCCUCGCCAUCAUUCAAGACCUGAUGGCGAAAUGUCAGGAAACUUUUCUGGAUCAUUUCGCACGUCUUGGAAUCUUUUCAAAAGUUCAAGCUUUAGCUGGUCCUCCUGAAAUGCAAGAAAACGAAGAGAAUGAACAACAACAACAACAACAACAGACGACCGAAGAAGUUACCGAACAAAGUCAGGCGGAAGAUGCCAAAGAAAUUUUACCAGGUAAAGCCUACCAUUGGAGAGAUUGGUCAGUGUGUCGAGGUCGAGAUUGUUUGUAUAUUUGGUCAGAUGCGGCCGCUCUUGAACUAUCAAACGGUUCAAACGGUUGGUUUCGUUUUAUUCUUGAUGGAAAAUUGGCAACGAUGUAUUCGAGCGGAUCACCGGAAGGUGGUGCUGAUACUUCCGGCAAAGGACGAGCCGCAGACACACUCACAACUGAAGAAAAUCGAGGAGAAUUUUUGGAAAAGUUACAACGGGCUCGUGCUGCUGUCAGAAGCAAUGUUAGUUCAAUACCAAUCUUGUCAAAACCAGGACCCACACGAUUGGUGGUUGGAAAUUGGUCAUUAACAUCAAGAAAAGACGCUGAAAUACACAUCCAUAAUUCUGAUGGACAACAUCAAACUACUAUUUUACGAGAAGACCUUCCUGGUUUUAUAUUUGAGUCAAAUCGAGGCACUAAACAUUCAUUUACAGCUGAAACAAGCUUAGGUCCAGAAUUUUCCGCCGGUUGGACUAACAAAAAAGGCAAACGUUUACGCUCAAAAACCGAAGCAACCAAAAUCAAAGUGAAAUAUUUAGCUCAUUCGAUCUACGAACAGUAUUUCCGUGCUGCUCAAGCUCAACCUCGUGGUGUUGUCGCGAAAUUAGGCAAUAUUGUUGCACAAAUCGAACGUGCAUGUCAGAAACAAUGCUCUUAUGGUAAUAAUCGUGAAGGUGGUAAUUCAUGGAAGGAAAUUCUAAGGAAUGCACUCGAUGAUCUCACUCAAAUUCUCGAAGAUGAUGGUGUUGUUAGUGCUUAUGAAUUGCACAGUUCUGGUUUAAUUCAAGCAUUGUUGUCACUUUUAUCAACUAGUUAUUGGGAUCAAGGCUUAAAAUCGAGUAAAAUGAACAAAUAUCAGAAACAAAGAGUGCAAGUAUUUAAACAGUGUUUCAAGAACGAUGAAAAGAAUUCAAUUCAGAUUUUGGUACAUAAAUUGGUAUCGGUACUUGAAAGUAUCGAGAAAUUACCAGUGUAUCUCUAUGAUUCGCCAGGAUCGGGUUAUGGAUUACAAAUUUUAACCCGACGUUUGAGAUUUCGAUUAGAGAAAGCACCAGGUGAAAGUUCAUUGAUUGAUCGGACUGGUCGUGGUCUCAAAAUGGAACCUUUGAGUACUGUAGCACAAUUGGAACGUUACUUAUUGAAAAUGGUAGCAAAACAAUGGUACGAUUAUGACAGAAGUACGUUUCAAUUUUUGAAAAAAUUACGCGAGAGUAAAUACCAAAUGUUUAAACAUAGUUAUGAUUUUGACGAAAAUGGAAUUAUUUAUUUUAUUGGUACUAAUGGUAAGACCAGUACUGAAUGGGUUAAUCCAGCUCAAUAUGGUCUAGUAUCGGUGACGAGUUCCGAUGGUCGAAAUUUACCAUAUGGUAGAGUUGAAGAUAUCUUAUCACGUGAUUCAUCAGCUUUAAAUUGUCACACAAAUGAUGAUAAAAAAUCAUGGUUUAGUAUUGAUUUAGGUCUUUAUGUAAUUCCAAGUGCGUAUACAUUGAGACAUGCAAGGGGUUAUGGACGUUCCGCUUUACGUAAUUGGUAUUUUCAAAUGUCACGUGAUGGUAUCACGUGGACAACUUUAUAUACACAUACUGAUGAUACUUCAUUAAAUGAUCCAGGAUCGACUAGUACAUGGCCGAUUGAAUUAUCAUCAAGUGAGGAACAAGGUUGGCGUCAUGUUCGUAUCCAACAAGCCGGUAAAAACGCAUCCGGACAAACCCACUAUUUGAGUCUUUCUGGUUUUGAAAUUUACGGUCAAGUAGUCGGUGUGUGUGAGGAUUUAGGUAAAGCGGCGAAAGAAGCCGAAGCACAUUUACGAAAACAGAGACGUUUACUUAAAACCCAACUAUUAAAACAUAUGACAGUUGGUGCUCGUGUUGUACGUGGAAUUGAUUGGAAAUGGCGAGGACAAGAUGGUAAUCCACCAGGUGAAGGUACAGUUACUGGUGAACUACAUAGUGGUUGGAUUGAUGUCACGUGGGAUCAUGGUGGUUCAAAUUCAUAUCGUAUGGGUGCUGAAGGUAAAUACGAUUUGAAAUUAGCACCAGGUUAUGAUGUAGAAACUGCAACAACAUCAAAAAACACAUCGAGUAAAAAACAAAGUGUGUUAACUAGUCGUAAAAGUAGUUCAACGCCGAGUUUACCCGAAGCGACCGAUGUUAAAACAUCGGUAGCGUCAACAGAACAAGCUGCUUCAGCUGAUAAUUUAGCUGCAAAACAAGCUGCUGAAACUAUAGCUGAAAGUGUGCUUAAUAUAGCACGAAAUGAAGCUUUAGUUGCUGUAACUUCAGAAUCUCAAGCUGCAAGUAACGAUUCAGAACUUUCAGUUGUUGUACAUCCAUUGCGAGAUCCACAUCAUGAUUUAUCAACGAUUAAUAAUUCAAGUGAUUUGGCAACGAUUGUUGAAAGUUUAGCACUUUCGGACACUAAACCGGUGAGUGUGACAACAACUAGAAGACAAAAUUCGGAUGAUAGACCAAAUACAUCAGAGAAAGCAUCAAUGGUGACAAGUAAUUCAACUUCAAAUUUGAAUAAAAGCUCGAAUCGAUCAAAAAUUAAUAAUAGUCAAGUGGCUGCAGCAGCAGCACAAACUUUCGUCGAGGCAGUUGAAGCAUUAGAUAAACUUCGUGAAGGUUCGGAUAUGUUACGAAACAACACGAAUAAUUUCCUAUCCGGUGAGUUACGUCAAACUGGUUUGAGUUUGGGUGGUGGUCAGACUAGCCAACAAUCAAUAAGCUCUCUAAAUACAGGUGUACGAAUUUCGGUAUCGGGUAAUCCGGAAACAGACGAAGAAAAGCCGGUAAGAAGGAAACCUGACGAACCAUCAACAACAAAAGAUCCAUGCAGUGAGAAAGACGAAGUUACGAAUAAUGCCCGAAAUACGAGUAAUAAUACAAUUGUUGUAACAAAUCCAAUGAGUGUCAGUGUACCAAAUUUGACAUCGACUGAAGCGAAUAGUCAAAUUGAGCCAAGUUCUACUGCAGGUCUUUUGGAGACGUUUGCAGCGUUGGCACGAAGACGUACUUUGGGUUCGGUGACGACAACAAAUAGUUCAAAUGCAAAUCCGAAUAAUUCUGGUGCUAUAACGAAUUCUAAUGCACAGAAUAAUCAAAAUACUGGUUCGUUGUUUCCAAGAGGACCGAAUUCGGUGUCGAGUUUGGUGCGACUCGCAUUAUCGAGUAAUUUUCCUGGAGGUUUGCUUAGUACAGCUCAAAGUUAUCCUAGUUUAUCAUCGAGUAAUAAUACAGCAGCUCAACAAGGUGGUAUUUCGACGACUGCAGGAACGGUGCAAGGAUUGAGUCAGGCGUUGACGAUGAGUCUUACGUCGACGAGUAGCGAUAGUGAACAAGUGUCAUUGGAGGACUUUUUAGAAUCGUGUCGUGCUCCAACACUACUCGCCGAAUUGGAUGAUGAUGAGGAAAUGGGCGAUGAGGAUGAUAAUGACGAUGAUGAAAAUGAAGAUGAUGCUGAUUAUGAUGAAGUUAUGGUUUCGAGGAAUUUAUUGUCGUUUAUGGAAGAGGAAGGUUUUGAAACGAGUACGAGACCGAGUAAACGAAGAUCAUGGGAUGAUGAGUAUGUGUUGAAAAGGCAAUUUUCCGCUUUAAUACCGGCGUUUGAUCCACGACCGGGAAGGACGAAUGUCAAUCAAACUACAGAUUUGGAAGUUCCACCACCUGGACAAGAAGAAAACGGUUCUUAUUUAGAACACGAGCUGUUGCCACAACCAAAAUUGCAACUAGUGUUACGAGGUCCAAAUAUGCCAGGAAUCUCCGAUGUCGAAAUCGAAUUAAAUGAUCCAUCAUGGACGAUUUUUAGAGCCGUUCAAGAGUUGAUGCAAAUGACCGAAUUUGGUUCAAAACAAGAGAAAUUAAGGAGAAUUUGGGAACCAACAUAUAUAAUUGUCUAUCGAGAAUUAAAAGAUGACGGAACUUACGAUUCGGAGGAGGGACGUGCCACUCCUGUGGUUCUCUACUCCCGAAGUGGCAGUAGUUCGGUCGCUGGUACCACUUUAUCACCCAGUACCCCGGUUCCUGGUACCCCAUCAGUGUCAAAUUGUACCGUCGAAGACGUCCUUCAAUUACUACGCCAUCUUUUCGUAAUUACAACAACAAGAGAGAACGAUUUGAAUUUAUUAGACAACAACAUCGAAAUCACACCCGAUCAAUACACUAGUAAAAAAAUCACCAAUAAGCUUUUGCAACAAAUCCAAGAUCCGUUGGUAUUGUCAAGUUCUAGUUUACCGGCAUGGUGUGAAGAAUUGAAUCAUUCAUGUCCGUUUUUAUUCCCAUUUGAAACACGUCACUUGUAUUUUAAUUGUACCGCAUUUGGGGCGUCUCGUAGUAUAGUUUGGUUGCAAACCCAACGCGAUGUCACAAUGGAAAGACAAAGAACGACGGGUUUGUCACCACGACGUGAUGAACCACAUGAGUUUCGUGUAGGACGUUUAAAACACGAAAGAGUAAAAGUUCCUAGAGGUGAAGAGAUUUUAAGUUGGGCAAUUCAAGUGAUGAAAAUACAUUCGGAUAGAAAAUCGAUAUUGGAAGUGGAGUUUUUGGGUGAGGAAGGUACUGGUUUGGGGCCAACUUUGGAGUUUUAUGCUUUGGUUGCGGCCGAAUUGCAACGAAGAGAUUUAGGAAUGUGGAUUUGUGACGAUGAUGCGAUUGAUAUGCAAGAUAUUGUUGAUUUGGGUGAGGGGGUGAAACCACCUGGAUACUAUGUGAGACGUGUUUCGGGGCUUUUCCCAGCACCGUUGCCUCAAAAUUCUGAAAUUUGUGAUAAGGCCGUUAAGUAUUUCUGGUUUUUGGGAGUGUUUCUUGCUAAAGUUUUGCAAGAUAAUCGUUUGGUUGAUUUACCAUUGAGUCAGAGUUUCUUGAAGUUGAUGUGUCAUGGAGAGAUUCAGAAUACUGUCAAUGAGAGGAUUGGUUUUGCUGGGGUUAAGAAAAGUAGCGAGGAUGAUAUUAUGACAUCGAGUUUGAUAUCGGAAGAGAGUGAAAAGGAGUUGGAGUUGGAUCCACCGAAAAUGAUCAUUGAGGAUAAAAAGCCUUGGUAUUUGAAUAUUCUCAAUGAAGAGGAUCUCCACGAUAUUGAUUACAUUAGAGCGAAUUUCUUGAAACAGAUUAGGGAAUUAGUCAAACAGAAACAUAAAAUAAUGCAAGAUCAUAAUCUUUCAACUGAAGCUAAAUCACAUCAAAUACAAAAUAUGUGUUUGAAUCAUGCUUCUGGGCCUGUGUUAUUGGAGGAUUUAGCUUUGACAUUCACUUAUGCGCCUAGUUCUAGUGCUUUUGGUUUUUCGGCAGUAGAAUUAGUGUCGAAUGGGGCCGAUAUUGAAGUUAAUAUAGAGAAUAUAGAGGAGUAUGCGGAAUUGACAACGUCGUUCUGCUUAGAUAAAGGUAUAGCUAGACAACUGGAUGCGUUCCAUAAAGGGUUCUGUACUGUGUUUCCUAUGGAGAAAUUGGCUGCUUUUAGUCCAGAUGAAAUGAGGAUUAUGCUGUGUGGUGAUCAGAAUCCUCAAUGGACACGUGACGAUCUCAUUAACUACACUGAACCUAAGCUAGGAUAUACGAAAGAGAGCCCUGGUUUCUUGCGGUUUGUCAACGUGUUGGUGGAGAUGUCGCCCGAGGAGCGAAAGGCGUUCCUGCAGUUUACCACAGGGUGCAGUUCGUUGCCACCUGGAGGUUUAGCAAAUUUGUAUCCGAGGCUGACGAUAGUGCGCAAAGUGGACGCUGGCGAAGGCUCAUAUCCCUCUGUUAACACCUGUGUCCAUUAUCUGAAGCUACCUGAUUACCCCACUGAGGAAAUUUUGCGACAGAGACUUUUAGCAGCUACUAAAGAGAAAGGAUUCCAUUUGAACUAGAAAUGAAAAACGCUAACUAAAUUUGUACCUUUUAAAUUAAUGUUUCUUUUAGGGUAAAAGUAUAAAGAGAUUUAAAAAAAAAGAGUACUGAGACUUUUUGUAUUGUUUAUAUUAAUUCUGAUAUUUUCGUAGCAAAUUAUCAAGCUGUACACUUUUAAAAUGUACACUAUUUUUCAGCAACACUUGUUAACGAAGCUGCUAGUGCAUCUUAGUGAUAUCUUGGAAAUAGAGAAUUUAUGACCAAAUUUUAUCAUGAUUAUGUGACGAUUUUUUAUUUAUUGUGAUUCAUUCAUUUGCAAUACCUUAUUGAAUAUUUAAUUAUUAGUGCGUAGGGCACUUGGGUAUUUAUGGUUUAGAUUUAAUUUUGCUUACUACUCACAGCGUAACUUACAGUAGAAAAUGUCUGUAUGUAUUGAUGUUAAAUUCAAUGUUAUUACUCCUAAUAAACUACUUUAAAUUCU